CGUAGUGUCGUAGUAGAACGUAGUAGUGGGGUGAAAACAAAUCCACUUCAUUCAUUCAUUGACGCGCCGGCUGGCCGUCCAGUCGUAUUCUAUUUUGUACAUUAAAAACCAAUAAGGCCGUAAAUAAUGUUCGCGCGCGUCUACCGACUAUUCGACGAUUAAAAAAACAAAGUCUAUGGUAAUUUUGGCGCGUUGACAUUUGUUUGACAAUUUCGAGUUAUAUUGUUUUAGUGGUGCUGUUCUAAUGUUGAUUGUGGUAGUGAUUUUGUAAAAUGUGGUGAGGAGAUGCUUGUGGGAGAACAGUCACCGGCGCCACGAGUGGUCGCCGGUCUGAGAAAACUUCGACCAGAACUCACUCCAGGCCCUGUACCCACGCCUGCUGAUCCCAACCUACGAAUAUCAGGAGUCCUACGUCAGUAUUACAAUGAUGACACAGAAUCGUGGGCGUGGGUGCGAGCCGCGAUACGAGGAGGUUGUCUGCUGGCCUGGCGCGAUGGUACCUUACCAAGAGGACGUGCUGCCAGACUGCCAUUGCGGGACCUACACCUGCGAAUGGCCCCGACACUGCCAAACGCUUUCCAGCUGUCACGGUUGCGCGACGAUGCUGCAGUUGCCACCUUUCAGACUUGCAAUGCGGCGGAAUACAACAAAUGGGUACGCGCGCUGUGCAUCGAGAUACUCGGUCAGACCCCGUUACCACAAGUCCGAUUUCUGGACGUGUUGCCCGCCGCGGACACCAGUCGCGAACCAAAGAGAAAAUCUCCUCAGCAGGAGACGCCAUUGUGUCCCCCGAGGCCGCCUCCGAGAGCUCGGCGGAGGUUGCUAACUUCGUCCGAGACACAGUUACCCCGUAGGGACCAUUCACCCGCCGCAACGGACGAGGGCAUCGUCGUCGAGGACGACGACUACGACUCAUCGUCCGACCGCAGUCUCGAUCUAUCCCUCUCCCUCGACGCUUUGAAGACCACCGACGUGGUAGACGCGCCAGUGCGGAAAGCCGAGAUCAUAAAAUGCGACAACUGCAGUAAACUGAACGCGCAACAUCACACGCUGCCGCGCGCUAGGUCCACCGAUUCGGAGCAAGGUCGCCAUCGUUACCUAAAACGGUGGGAGGGUACCGCGGGUGGCGCGGAGCGGGGCCGUUACGCUAUGGAAGCAGCCAGGCGCAAGACCGCAUCGCUGGAGAGCCGGGCGAGGUCUUGUUCGCCGAAUGCUCACGAGGCUGUCACUAAGUACGUUCCGGUGAGGGAGCGAAGGGCGCUGUUUGAGUCGUUGUCGCAAACCGGGAGCGGAUUAGCGCGGAGUACAGAACAGCUGGCUCGACCUGUAGUAGUGCCACAGACGACGCCGCGACGUGCUGCGUCGCUGCACGACCUGCAGGCGCCGCCGGUGCGGUCGGUGAGCGACCUGCGGCAGUUCUUCGAGGCGGUCGCGCGCGGCGUGGGGAGUUGCUCGGCGGGCGUGCAGCGUCACAGCGCGCCGCCAAACCCUGCGCCGCGCGCCUUCGCCUCGCUCACCUGCGUUUGACUCGUUGUACAUAUUGUAGAUACCCUGGCGUUGAUCGCCAACUAUCUCACUAAGUCGUUUGUUGUAAGACUGUUAAAAGUAUUGUUAUUAGAAGUGUCUAAUAUAAAAUAUAAAGA